AUGGACUCGUACGGAUCUUCCCUCAAUCGCAGCCAGUCGCUGGCGAGCGGCCUGGAGAAGACGUCGCCCACGUGGAACAAGCCCAGCCACUCCCGGAGCAGCAGCACCUUGUCGUCCCGCCACUCCAGACAGGUGGUGAAGGACUGGGAGGUGAUCGACGACCUUCACACCGAGGUGCAGCUGCAGCCCGGAGCCGAUCAUCCUCAGGAGGCGCCGACCCCGGGGAUCUGUGAAGGCUACCUGCUGAAGAGGAGGAAGUGGCCUCUGAAAGGCUGGCACAAGAGGUACUUUGUCCUGGAAGCUGGAAUUUUACGAUACUCCAAAAACCAACACGAUGUCCCCAGAGGAAGAGUCCAGGGCUCGCUGGACGUCAGCCUCGCCGUGAUGUCCAUCAACAAGAAAUCCAACCGGAUCGAUCUGGACGCCGGAGACAUUCUUUAUCACAUGAAGGCCAAGAACCACGAGCUCUUCUACAUCUGGGUGACCAAACUCCAGGCUCACCGGCUGUACAAGAAGAACGAGGCGGCUCAGGUCCACAGCGGCUUCCUGCACUCUCUGUCCACCGCCUCCACGGCAGGGCCGGCCCAGAAGAACGGGGAUCUGAGCUUCUGCCGGGCGUCGGAUUCACCCGGAGCGGCGGGAGCGCCGCCGUCGGCUCGCACUGCGGCCAACAGUAAGGUUUCUGCAUGGCUGCAGCAAAGCCACGACCCGGACACCUGCGUGCAAGAGUUGAACCGGUGUCAUGUGGACCUUUCCGAGCUGAACCGUUUGAUCCAGAGGCUGCAGGCGCUGGAGGCGGGUCAGGCGUUCACCAACGGCGAACUGCAGCGCAUCAUCAGCAUACAGAAUCUCUCUCUGGAGAAGCCGAAGAAGUCGAAGUCGGGGAGGAUGUGGGGUCACUCUCGCACGCUGUCCAGAGUGGAGGCGCUGGGAAUGCCUAUUCGUGGGAUUACUAAAUCGCUCUCCUCCAGUCACCUGGGCAACUCGCCCCAGCUGGGAGCGUCGGUCCCCUCCAUCCCAGAGUACGUCUACUCUCAGCUGGCGCCGCCCAGCGUCACGUCACCCGAGGGCAAGAAGAUCCAGCAGGACAUCUGCAGCAUGUCGCUGCGAGUGCUCACGUCUCUGAAGUCGGUGCACGACGCUCUGUCCCAGGAGCGCCAGAAGCUGCAGGAAGUCUGGGAGACGAACACGAACAACGUCCACCAGCUGAACACGCUGGCUCCGGUGAGGGUCGCCCGCCCGCCCCGCCCGCCCCGCCCGCCUGGUCUCUGGUGUUUCUGCUUGGUUCUGAUGUGUCUGCUCCUCCAGCCUGCAGCCGUGCGCCGUUCGUCUCACGGACCGCCUUCGGUCGCAGACUCGGCCGCGGAGUAUUUCGACGCCAACGAUGACAUUGUCUGUGGGAGUUCCUCCGAAGUGUCGGACGAGUCUGGACUGAGCGAUGGAAGCACCAGCAACUCGGAGCCGGAGGAGGGACACGCUUCAGCCACACGUAAAUACCGUGCGAGCAUCUCCCGGACGCCGAACAGCGUCGUUCCCAAGAGCACGGGCCGGAGAAGCAAGCUGCCCGCCUGCUGUCCCGACAACAGCCACGUGGGCCUGAUGGCCAUCCUCUACAACAACAUCGGUAAAGACCUGGCUCGGGUGUCCAUGCCUGCAGCUCUCAACGAGCCGGUGAACCUGCUGCAGCGGCUCUGCGAGGAGCUGGAGUACAGCGAGCUGCUGGACACCGCCAACAGCACGGCCGACCCCUACCAGAGGAUGGUUUACAUUGCUGCCUUCGCCAUCUCCGGUUACGCCACGGCGACGUUCAGGAACCGCUACAAGCCCUUCAACCCGGUGCUGGGGGAGACGUACGAGUGCAUCCGGGAGGACCGGGGCUUCCGCUUCAUCAGCGAGCAGGUGUGCCACCAUCCGCCCAUCUCCGCCUGCCAUGCAGACUCUGAGAACUUCUCCUUCUGGCAGGACCAGCGAUGGAAAAAUAAAUUCUGGGGGAAAUCACUGGAGAUUCUGCCAACAGGGAUGGUGAAUGUGACUCUUCCAAGGUAUGGAGAUCACUACGAGUGGAACAAAGUGGUGACGUGCGUCCAUAACGUGCUGAGCCAGCAGAGAUACCUGGAGCAUUACGGAGAAGUCACCAUCAAAAACCUCAAGAGCAGCGUCUGCACCUGCAAGAUCACGUUUGUCAAGUCUCGUUACUGGGGCUCGGAAACGAACAAGAACGAGGUUCAAGGUACGGUGCUGGACCAGAGCGGGAGCGUCAUUCACCGGUUCGGAGGUCUGUGGCACGAGGGCAUCUUCUGCGACACGCUGCCCACGCCCAAGUGUGUCUGGAAGCCCAAUCCGCAGCCGAAGGACCACCUGCUGUUCUACGGCUUCUCCUCCUUCGCCCUGGAGCUGAAUGAACUCUGCCCCGACCUGAAGCCGCUGCUGCCUCCGACCGACAGCCGGCUGCGCCCGGACCAGAGGAUGCUGGAGGAGGGAAAAGUGGACGAGACGGACAGGAAGAAGGACGAAAUCGAGGAGCUUCAGCGGGAACGCAGGAAGGAGCUCGCCAAGAGGGGGGAGGAGCACGUCCCUCGUUUUUUCAAGAAAGCCAAAGACUCCUGUGGACGGGACGUGUGGCUGAGCAACGACACGUACUGGAAGCUGCGGGAGAACCCGGGCUUCGCCAGCGUGGAGAACUUGACUCUGUGGUGAGGCGGCGAG